CAGCUUCGAUCACUACUCAUCGGAGAAUUGUAAAUUAUACACUUUCUUCUAACAAAAGCUCUCUUUCCACUGUCUAUAAUUUGUUAACAUCAUGGCCGGAGCAACAGCAUUGCAAGCCGCAGUCCUGGCAAGCCCAGCAUUCCGUAUUUCUAAUCGAGCCAGGGUGAGCCACUUCUUUCCAACACCAUACGUGCCUCAACUGCGACGAAGCUCCUACAGGAUCAACACUUCAAUAAAGUGCAUGGCAGAGGGAGAUGAGAAGUUGCAAGAGAAGCAGAAGAUACAGCAAACUCAACCUGAACCUGUAACCACACCCCCUGCCUCUGCUGCUGCUGCAAAGGUGAGCACGAAAUUCUCGGACGUGUUGGCAUUCAGUGGGCCAGCUCCAGAGAGGAUUAACGGGAGACUGGCCAUGAUUGGGUUUGUUGCUGCCUUGGCAGUGGAGUUAUCCAAUGGCCAGGAUGUGCUGGACCAGAUAUCCAACGGUGGAAUCACAUGGUUCUUGGGAACUAGUAUCGUGCUCUCUCUCGCAUCACUCAUCCCCUUGUUCAAAGGCGUGAGUGUAGAGUCGAAAUCAGAUGGAUUCAUGACAUCAGAUGCGGAGCUGUGGAAUGGGAGGUUCGCUAUGUUGGGUUUGGUUGCAUUGGCCUUCACAGAAUAUGUCAAGGGUGGGGCUCUUGUAUAAUUCUUCAUCUAGCAUGUAUAGAUAGCAAAAUCAAUCAACUAGGAGACGUUAUUUUGUCUGUUUCCUUUCCUUUUUCUGUUCUUUUUUAAUUUGGCUUUCAUUUUGUAAGUGUAGCGUGUGUUGAUGCGCAAUAAAUUUUCAGAUAGCGUAACGUAUA